AUGGAGAAACUUGAGGACUUUGACAGUUUUGUGAAGAACGUUGACACAAUAAGUCAGCUCGUGACAGAUCUACAAUCUUGUGACACUGACGUCCAGGAAAAAGCAUUAGCAGACGCUGAUUGCUACAUUGCUGCCUUGGAUGAACACUGCAGAACAAAAGUCAACAAAACCACAACCAACACAAAGUCGCCAUAAAACCCAUCAAUAGCAGCCUGGACAAGCUCCCAGGAGAACUUCAUGAAGAUUAUGGAGCAAGAUGCUGAGGACAGGAGGGCUAGAAGAUCUGUAAAAACAACAGAAGCAACAGCGCUUAAAGACAAGGGAAAUGAAGCCUUUGCUCGAGAAGACUAUGAAGCUGCAGUGAAGUAUUACAGUGACGGCCUUGAUCACCUCAAGGAUAUGCAGCCAUUGUACACCAACAGAGCACAAGCCUACAUCAAACUUGGAAAGUACCAGGAGGCCGGUGACUGUGAAUGGGCCCUGAGGUGUAAUGAGAGGUGUGUAAAGGCUUAUCUACAUAUGGGCAAAGCAUUUCUGGGACUGAAGAAAUAUAAUGAGGCAAGAAACUGCUUUGAAAAGAUUCAGGAAAUUGAACCAAAGACGGAGAAGAUGGUGAAAGAAUACCUGACCCAGGUAGAUUUAGAAGAGGAAAGAGAGAGUCAGGAAAGGAAUGCAAAACAGGAGGUUGACAAGGGAAGUAGGAAGGCCACAAUAGUGCCACAGCUUCUGGAGGAGCUGUCAAAACCCGGCCAGUCGACCCUCUACUACUGCGCAGGAUUGGAGAUUCUGUCAGAAGUGUUUACUGACUGCACAGGACAAACCCUUUUCAGACUCAACAAUGGCUUUAGUGUCAUCAGCGGCAAUGAGACGGUGCGGAGGUGCCUGCUGCAGCAAACAGAUGACAGAGAGAGCCAGGAGUUGUGUGCUUCUGCUCUAAAAUUCUGGAGGAUUGCUUGUUGUGGAAAUGAUGAAAACCAGAAAACGUUGAUGACCUGUCCAUUAAUCCGACAGUCCAUCGUUGGGUUGGUGGCGUCACAGCAUGGAGCGGUAGCGAAUGAAUGCCUGGCACUACUCUGUCUGUUUGCACAGACAUCUCGAAGCAGAUGUUUGAUCAUUGACAGCCUGAAUUUGCACAUGCUGGCGAAGAACCUUAUGAUGUGCGUCUCAGAGUCCGAGCUGCAAAAGCAGAGCAGUGCAGUCAGCAUUCUGGAAAACUUUGCAGAGGAAGACAGAUUCCGUAUCCGGUUGAGAAAUGAUGUGAUGGCGUCCAUCUGUGUGCCUUUCGCAAAGCUCCUGGGACGAAUCAGCGAGGCCAAUCAACUUGUCCUUCCAUCUGUGAUUUCUUCUCUCGGCUCUCUGGCUGCAGACGACGUCAUUCGUCACAAACUUGCUCACGAUCCGCAGUGCUGGGACGCCUUUGUAGUUGCCAUUAGGCAGUGCCGUGCGUCUGAACAAAGAGAGGUGCUUUACCCUUUACUUGGCUUGAUCAUCAACCUUUCAGCCGUCACCUCUCCAGUUAUCCAGGAGCGGGCUGUGUCAAUGUGUGGCUGCUGUCUGGACCUGCUGAAACACAGUGAUGGAGGAGUCAUAACUAGAGCUACAGGUGUGUUGAGUGCCGUCCUCCCUCGAUCUGCUGAUGCCACUCAACGUGUCAUUCAGGAGGAAGUGAUUCAGAUCCUUCGCCGGGUAUUGAAGGGAGGAGGGCAGGCUGCCACUAGGUAUGCCAUUAAAGCUCUGACAGUGUGCACCGCUGCCAGUCACUUGGCACGGGAGAAGCUGGUGAAGUCUGAUCAAAAGCUGUCUGGUUUACGUCAUUUGCUGAGUUCCAGCUGUGACGAGAGGGUGUCAGGAAAUGCAGCCCUGUGCUUGGCCCACUGCCUUGAUUUGGAAGGAGUCGCCAGUCACCUGCUGGGAACUGAUAUAGUGCCGCUGCUGCUGCGGCAUGCUGCAGGGGACGCUAAGAGGACAGCUGUGCAGCAAAACGCCGCCAUCGCUCUGGGGAAGCUGUGCCGAUCUGAGCCCAGGCAUUUGUGCAAACUUCGAGAACUGCACGGUCUUGAGAUCUUGCACUCAUGUGUGAAGUUAAUUUCAUGAACCCGUCUCAG